GCAUUAUGGAAGGCGGCCAUACGGCUGUUUGUCAGUGUUGUGAAAUGCUAUAAGCUUCCACAGAUGGUGUUGCACAUCACAAUCAUGAAUUUACGUAAAGGCCUACUUGUGUCGGAAAAUAUCGCAAAAAGGCUAUGGUGGGCGAGUUACGCCACUGCAGCUAAGCGUGGGGCGCCAAAACAGAUCAAAACACUGGAUGCUGUAGGCGAAUCGAUCGCCUCCAAAGGCUUUUUACGCCCACACAAGCCGUACGCUCCGCCCAACGAUGCGGCAGAGCGUGUUCGGGCAGUGGCAGCGUCGCUGCAGCUGGUCCAAGGCGGCGACAAUCACAUAUUCUCAGAUUUAAAGCAAAAAUUUGAGUUCCUGGCUGCAUGCUUUCAAGAACUGAAACACGGUGUACCGAACUCACAGGUGCACGAGCUGACCAGCAUUGCCGAUGUGAUUGCCUUCUAUACGACUCCCGUGGACACCACCGUGCCGUUUGAUGCAUUGAAGCGUAUAGAGCUGCCAGAAAACCUCCACAUACAGUAUGACUACGUGCGUUUUCAUCCGGAGACCGACUCUAAAUUCAACGGUCAAACGGCUUUCCCCAAAAGCUCCACUUUGGUUACAGGCCUCAAGUAUAGGAGCAAGUACGAAGGGCAUGAGGCAAAACGAUCUUGGCCAUAAUGUUUUAAUUAAAUAUGUAAAUGUUUACAGUGAAUAUAAUAAAAUGCGAUGAUGUUUUUAAAGGUA